AUGUCGAGCAGAAAACCAUUAAUACGGUACGUUUUUUCAGAAAUAAUAUUUUCGCAUAAAAUAUUUAGAAAAUAAAUACGUGUUUUUAAUAAACAAAAACGUGGAAAACACAUUUCUAUGUUUCCGAAAUUUUCUCUUUUUAAAAUGAAUUUUCACAAUCAGAGAAUAUAAUUUUUGCAUUUUUCUCUACUCUUUAUGUCUGAAAUACGGCAACGAAAAAAUACUGAAACUUCAGAAAAAAGUGUUAAUUCUAGGAGCUCAUCGCAUUCUGAUCGACCAACUAAAAUGAGAAACUGGCCACUUUUUGUAUUCCUAAUUGGACUUGUAUUGUUCUUCUAUAUUUUCUAUAUUUAUCAAGCACAAAGUACAACUUUGAGUAUGGCAAAUGAUGAAAUUCGAAUGCUCAAUAUUCAAUUAUCAAAUACAAAAACUAAAUUAGUUGGUGAGUUAAUCAACUAAUUUUGUAAUUUCAAUAUUUUCCAAUAUAUAUUUUUUUAGAUACUUUGGCUUCUCUUGAAAGCGUUAAUGCUGUUCAACGAACUUCGGAAGCAGAACUUGAUGAAUUACGCAAAAAAUCAGAAGAAUGUUUUGGAAAUCUUAGAAAUUCGAAACUUCGUCUUGAUGGAUUGGAAAAAGAUAACAAAGAAAAUACAGAAAAUAACAAUGAACUUCAAUCAAAAUUGAAAACAGCAGAAUUGCAAAUAACUGAUUUUGAGAGAAAUAAUACAGCAUUGAUAAAUAUGGUGAAAGCACAAGAAGAAUUGAUUCAACAAUUGAACCAAACUGUUGCAUUGUAAGUUCAAGUCAUACUUUCAGAUAAAUUAAAAUAAUAUUUCAGCAUGAAAAACGAGAAACAAACACAAAUUGUUGCGGAAGUUCAAUUGACAUCAACAUCUACACCUUCUGCUCUCGAAGGUCAACAAAAUCAACAAAUUGCUGAACAUGAAAAUGCUCAAAAUGAGAAACUUGCUGAAUCCACAACACAAAAACAAGAACAAGUACCAGAAGAACAAGAACAAGCACAACAACAACAACCAGAAGUUCGGGAAUAA